AUGGUUUUAACCGGCCUCCCCUCUGAAUUGAUUAUUAUCAUUGCGGACUUCCUCGAACCCAAAGACCUCAAUGCUCUCGUCCAAACCGCCAGCUCCUUUGCAAACCUGCUUGGCCUUCGUCUCCUAGACCGUGGCCUUGCUGACCCCAAGCUGGAGAUACUCCUGUGGGCUGCUGCGAAAGGUGACGAGGCAAUAAUCAGCAAGAUACUCACACGCGCACAGCACAAACGAAUCAACAUCCCUCCCCAGGCCAAAGACAGCAUGCUCAUGACCGCCGUGUCGCAUAACCGAGUUGACCUUCUUGAAUACCUCGUUCGGACAGUUGGCGCCAAUCUCUCUGCCAUGGUACCUCAUAAAUAUUCGCUAUCGCCAAGGACAGCAUUGCAUGAAGCCGCUGAACAAGCGAACAAAGUCGUGACGCAAAAGUUGAUCGAUCUAGGAGCAGACGUGGAUGCCAUUGACACUGGGGGCCUAUCCCCGCUGCAUUACGCGGUUUGGAAGCCUGAACGCGAAGACGCCUCCGCCGGUGAGGCCUGGGAUACGGACGAAGAAUUAGAGUACGGUGUGAACUCGAUAGCCAUUCUACGAUUGCUUUUGGGGCACAGGGCCCUGACCGAAGUGGCCGAGCCCGAUCGACGGCAGACCCCCUUGCUCUGGGCUAGUAUUGAUGGAAACACCGAGGCCAUAAGACUGCUUUUGGAUCAUGGAGCUGAUAUAACGGCAAGUGAUGACGAGGGCUGCACAACUUUACACUUUUCAGCAGAGUCUGGAAACCACGAGGCAGUCCAGCUGCUUGUCGAUAAGGGAGCUGAUAUAUUCGCCAUCGAUCACAGCGCUUAUACCCCGCUUGACCUCGCAGCAUCCGCGACGGUACGGAAAAUACUGAGAAAAGCGGGUGCUCUGACGGGUGCUCUGACGGGUCCUGAGCUAGGACGCGAGCUGGAAAGUCUUUGA